UGUUGUGUGUCGCGCGCCCUUGUAAGAAAGAAGCUUAGUUAAAAAAGAUAAAACCUUUAAACCCUAAACCCUAAAACACAGAGAAAGAUGAAUACCGAAGAAAAUGGCGAUGGCGAAACUAGCAACAGAAGAAUCCAAGUCCGUUUCGUAACAAAGUUACCUCAACCUUACAAAGUUCCAAAUUCAACCAUCGCUAUUCCUUCCGAUCUCACCAGAUUCGGCCUCUCUUCUCUUGUUAACGCGCUUCUCGAAUCCAAUGAUGAUGAUUAUCAAACGGAAGCGUUUGAUUUUUUGAUUGAUGGCGAGUUUGUUCGUAUGUCACUUGAGCAGUUUCUUCUCGCCAAGGGAAUAUCUGCGGAAAGGAUAUUGGAAAUUGAGUACACAAGGGCUGUAGCCCCACGGAAGGAAGAGGACCCUUCUUUACACGAUGACUGGGUCAGUGCAGUUGAUGGUUCUUCUUCUCGGUUUAUUUUGACUGGAUGUUAUGAUGGUUUUGGAAGGGUAUGGAAAGGUGCUGGAUUAUGUACACAUAUAUUGGAGGGACAUAGCGAUGGUGUAACUUCUGUUAGCAUCUUUAAUCCAGAAGGUGUGGAAACUGUAACGGUAGCUACUGCCUCUAAAGACCGGACGCUAAGGCUAUGGAAGAUCAAUCCUGAGGAGGCUACCGACCAUCCUGCGAGGGUUAGAGCAUACAAAAUCUUGCGUGGUCAUAAGUCUUCUGUGCAGAGUGUUGCAGCGCAGACUAAUGGAGAAAUGGUUUGUUCUGGUUCUUGGGAUUGCACCAUCAACCUUUGGCGAAUCAAUGACACUAAUGCAGAAAAUGAUUUUGUGUCUAAGAAGAGAAAAGUUGAAGGUCAAGUUGAGGACUCUCAAUUGGAGGGAGAAGCUUUCACAACCCUCGUGGGCCAUUCACAGUGCGUGUCUUCUGUGAUUUGGCCACAAAGAGAGUCAAUCUAUUCUGCAUCUUGGGAUCAUUCUAUUAGGAAAUGGGAUGUUGAGAAUGGCAAAAACGUGUCAGAUAUAUUUUGUGGGAAGGCUCUUAACUGCCUUGACAUUGGAGGGGAUGGUUCCGCAUUGAUAGCUGCCGGUGGUUCUGACCCUGUUGUUAGGAUUUGGGAUCCUCGUAAGCCAGGCACUUCUGCUCCGGUUCUUCAGUUUGCUUCUCACACUUCUUGGGUAUCAAGUUGCAAAUGGCAUGAUAAGUCUCCAUUUCAUUUACUGUCUUCAUCUUAUGAUGGGAAAGUUAUGUUAUGGGAUCUGAGAACUGCGUGGUCUCUUUCAGUCAUUGAAUCACACAGUGACAAGGUAUUGUGUGCUGACUGGUGGAAAAGUGACAGUGUUAUCAGUGGUGGAGCAGAUUCAAAACUCUGCAUUUCUUCAAACAUUCCGAUACAGUGACAUAAACGUUGAUCCCUCAUAUAUGGAACUCUUUGAGUUUGAAGCCAAUUUUGUCCCAGGCACAACUACUGCUAGUGUUUUAUCUAUGUAACACAUACACUUCGGAUUGAAGAGGUGUCUGAUAGACACAUGAUCAAUUGUAAACAACAGUCUGUGUUUCUAAUUGCUAUUUAUGUAAACCUUUACAUUAAGCAUAUCUAUGAACUCAUUUUGAUAGCCACGCUGUUCUUCAAUAAGAAUUGAGACGAUGCUCAGAGAGUAGUGUUAAGUACUUAAAAUUGCUCUCUGAAUAGGAAAAACAAGUACUAGUCAACACUAUUUUGAAUGACAUAAAAAGUAGUAAAAUAUAGUCCCGUAAGGGUAGCUCAAUUGGUAGCUAUCAAAGGACAUUAUUGAAGGUGUUGAAGUUCAAACAUCUAGCCGUUAAAAACAGUUGUUUAUUUCUUUUCUUUUUUAUGAAAAAUAUUGUUUAUGUUU